AUGUUUUCAUACACACGCUCCUUGAUUGGAGCGAGCAAGCGCCUUGGGGUGCCUGUGCCAUUCCGCUCUCUAUCAACCCCAUCCCAGCCAACUCCGCCGGAGCAAGAGAAGACACCCAUUCAAGAUCCAACACCGGAACCUACACCAAUCGUUUCCACAGAAGCUGCCUCUGUGACCCCGACCCCAGCUGCCACCACCCCUGCGUCGACCGUUCCCGUGGGGUCGACGGAAGCGGAACAACCAUCCGACCUUGCCGUGAAAGAAUGGUCCGAACGGUUAGGAGCAUUCGGCGACAAGAACCGAUUGCCGCGAAGUGUGCAAGCCAUAUACCUACGGCCCUUGCGGAGGAAGGCGGAAUAUGGCCUUCCCGUUUGUGAUCUUCAGUUGCGAUCUUACAGCGUCCGUAAUGUGGAGUUCUUCGCGGACUUCGCCAUCCGUGCCGCUUAUUAUCUCAACCUCCCUGUGUCCGGACCCGUGCCUCUCCCUCGCAUUGUCGAACGCUGGACUGUACCCCGGAGUAAUUUCGUGCACAAGAAGAGCCAGGAAAAUUUCGAACGAAUCACACUUCGCCGGCUAAUUCAGAUCAAAGAUGGAAACCCACAAGCGGUGCAGGCUUGGCUUGCGUUCCUCCGGAAGCACGCGUUCUAUGGAGUUGGUAUGAAGGCAAAUGUCUGGGAGCAUGAUAGUCUAGGUAUGGUUACGAUCUCCAUCCGGAUGGCGUCUUCAAUGAUCGAGUCACUGACCAUCGAUUGUAUAACAGAUGCUGGCAAGGCCAUGGACGCAUCUGUUGCCGAAGUGGAAGAAUCCCUUCGUCCAGAGCUUGCUCAAUUCGGUCAGCGGAAAGACAACACAGCCCCUGGCACAAUAUUCGAUACUUUGAACAAUGAGCGAUUCACAGAGCGCAAGAGUCUAUAG